CUAAAAAACAUGUUAAGUAACCAUUUAGUAUUGUAAAGUAAUGUGUGGACUAAGUUUACUACAGUAAUAUGGUUCCUUGGAGCUCAAAACUCACCUGAAGAUCUUUCCCUUCCCCUGACACUACCGGGGGGGGGGGAAUCAUCAGGUAAUCCAUUGUUUAUUAUUCAUCUUGCCAUUUUAAAUUUUCGUUCCAUAUUUAUUAAUCACUAUUAUAACGUAGUGGUAACGGUUCUCAGCCAAACCCUUCUCGGUGAUCCAUUGUGGUCACGUCUUCGUAGUUGGGAUCAUCGUCAUCAGUAGAGGAACGUGGUGACCGUCUUGCCCGAUGAAGUGGUAAUCAAAUUCCCACUUAUUUCUUAAUAUUUUGACCUCACAGUGACCUGACUCCCCCUACCUGGCCCGGGUCACGUCAUGUCCCCCCGUGUGGUGUGCAGGUGUCACACCCGAGGAAGUUAAUUAACUGACACGUGGCGAAUAUGAUAAAAGUAAAAUAAGUAAUGCGGGAUUUCUUGAUUUUGGUUUAAUUUAAUACAAAUCACUCAAUAUCUCGUAUAAAAAUUAAUUAAAAAACGUUCACUAUGAUUCCGUUUGAUCUUAUACAUAUAUAUAUAUACAUAAUACAUGCAGUAUGGAAAAUUUUCUUUUUAAUCUGGGCUUAUUGCCAAGUCUAAUGAAGCAUCACCCUCAUCUGUUGUCUGGUUCCCGUUAGUUAUAUCAUUUGGCGCCAUAAGUCUCGUCAGCAUGGUUAUGGCGUCACAACUAUCCUAUCAAUGUUUAGAGUACAGUAUUUAAACAUGGCCGCCGGGAGAUUCGAGUUGACGUCGAUGGAGGAAAGUAAGUGCAAUUUAGUGUCUGGAGCAGGUGUUGAGCAAUCAGGGGAUGCCAGAAUAAGAACAUAAGAAUGGAGGAAACUGCAGCGGGCUAUUGGCCCAUACUGGGCAGUCCCGUUUACACCCAACCCCUAUUGCUUAUAUAAGCAUCCAACCUAUGUUUGAGGCUAUUCAGCGUAUUCGAGUUAAUGAUGAUAUUUGGUAACUUGUUCCCAAGUACAGUGUGUUAAUUCUUGAAAAAGUUUGAGGUAGUAGGAGGCCUCUGAUGUUAUGUGGUGAGCUUGCUUGAUGGUGUUGAAACCGGAUGAUACCAUUAUGCCUGUCUAUUAACCAGCAUCAGGUCCCUUCCCCCACUCUACUGCCCGGUGUGUGGUGAAGUGACGUAACCACUGCAAGAAUCAUAAAGAUGUGGACCUGACACGGGGAUUAUUUUACCCUUCAAAAGACUGUUUUACCUUACAAGGCUUCCCCGCUGUGAUGGAGGUUACAUAACUUCCCUCCCCACCCUAAUCCUAUGCUCAAGUUAAACUCAUUGAAUAUAUGAAGAGUCAAUUAUGUUCUUUCCCAAUUGUUAUAUAAUAUAUUGAUACACUUAAGGACUUUAAUUAUUGAAGUAUAGAACACAACAAAUCAAUACUGUAAGUACAAAUAAUAUGAUUGGAAGUGUAAAGUAGUAGUAUUAGGCCUAUAAUGUACAUUCCGAGAAAUAAAUAUUGUCAUGCCAAUCAUACUUCUCGUAACCAAAAUCAACAGUAAUACAGUAAUAAUAUUAUUCUCAUGCACCAAUUGUAUAAGAUACUUGAGGUUAUCACCGUAUUCUUUGAUGACAUGUUUUGGAAUAUAAAUUUCAUUGAUCAUCUUCGAAUUUUAACCUGUGGCUAAAUGUUAUACACAGGUAGGAUUUUGUCUGGAAGGAAACUGAAUGGCAGGAUUAUGUCCAUUUUUUCUUUUUGUUUUUUUUUGCGUGGAGAUAGACCGGUGAUAUUUUUUGUCCACUUAUUUUCGUGAUCGGAUUUUUUAGGCCAUUGGAGAAAACGUGUUUUAUAAUGUGUUAGUAUCGGGACCGUUAUGCAUUUCUGUAUGUCAGGUCACCUUAGGGAUUUGACCCAGGACAGGUGUUGGUCAGGUCAGGUUGGAGAUUAUGAGUGGAGCUUAGGGUUGAGCGGCCAAUCACAGCGAAGGUUGGACCCCCCAAAUUUUUAACGUCUUUUCAUCACCAGAGAAUAAAAGGGGUCGGACGGCGAUCACAACCAUUCAUUUACUUGGUGACCACUGAAGUAAGACAUUUCCUCACCCCUGCUCUCUCAAACCGCAGUGAUGGACUACGAAGAUCUUACUCUCGAAGAUUUGACUCCAGUGGCAGACUUUGGCGAGGUUGCUGACAUAGAUUUCACUGAUGUGAAAUGCGAAUUGAAGAAUCUACUACAAGAGACUACCCAGGUUCGGCAUAACGUGAGGGCGGAGUUGGAUAAGAUGAAGGACUUUUCCAAAGUGUGCCCGAAGCCCACUCGAGCUUUACCCAAACCAUGUGACGAUGUGAAAAAUAAGGUGGAUGUUAGAAGUGUGUACAUUGGCAGCCUUGAUGGUAACAUUACCGAGGAAGACUUGGUAGAACAUUUCCAAUUGUGCGGUGUGGUAAAGAGUGUUAACAUUCAACGUAAAACCAGUGGUAAAUCUAAAGGAAAGGGGUUUGCCUAUAUCCUCUUCAAGGACAAAUUUUCUGUGGACUUAGCGUUGACUUUGAACGGGUGUGCGUGUAAAGGUGUUAAGCUGAAAGUGGAACCCAAGAAUACUGACGCGAGCACAAGUGAUCGUCAGUUCAAGUGCUCCAGCAAGAUGAGACGACACAACCAAUCUGCUGGGAACCGCAGACUUGCUCUUGUUCCCUCUCAGUGAUCAAGAAAAACGGCCAGGCUCUUGUGGUUCAGGAAUAGUCUUUGUCUAUAUAUAGCUAUAAAAGCGCUGCAAAUUGUAUUAUGUGUACAUUAUUGUAUGA